CCAAAAGUUAGAAGACAGCGUACGACGCAACAUUAUAUCGCUUCGCAAAAAUCAUCUCUUGUUACGUCAAAAGCGUCAAUUGAACGUGUAGUCCCCGGGUCGGCUAUUGCUGUUAAUGCGAAAACUUUAUUAUCAUCAUAUUCAAAGGAAUUCGCCGAAGUUAAUAGUUUAGCUAAAUCCAACAAAAGUGAUAAUACUUCCGUUGAUCGACCAGACUCUGAUCUUCCUCAUAACCAAAUCCCAAAAAAAAAGAAACUAAGAGAUCGGCAUGUAAAGUGGCUACAAAAAUUAGACGCAUCCUACUCUGGCUAUUCAAAGCACAACAACAAAAAAAAGAGGAAUUCAAAGAACCAAACCAAACAAAAAGUCAAUAUUGAAGAUCCCACUUUUGACCUAUCAUCAUUGAAGCAAACACUCGAAACUUUACCUGAUAUUAAAUCAGAUGCGGAUAAGUUUGUGCCUGGUCGUAAUCGGGCGCCUUUGCCUAAAGGAUUGAAUGGGAAGAAAGUUGUGGGUAAGAAGGCGAGGAAAAAUGUUGCUCUUGCUGAAAUGCAAUUAUUUCAGAAAAUUACUCAAAACCCAGUGUUUAUAGCAGAUCCAUUAUCAACAAUACAAGCACAUAUACAGACUUUAAGGCUGUCGGAUGACUCGCUUGACACUGAUAACAAAAGUCAACGAAAAUGA